AUGCAUCCUAUUGAUCCCUUAGAAAGGACUUUGGUCAACUCUGUGACAGAGACGGGGCAGCUUGAUGAUGCUGCUGCAGGGUAUGCUAAGUUGAUGGAUGCGAGUAAGAGAGUUUUAAAAUUGGUUGCUAUUGCUGAGAUGGUUGAGGUUUCUGAGAAAGAUACAAAAGUCAGUGAUUAG